AUGACGGUGGAGAAGAACACUGAUAGACGUUCCUGUGCUGCCCCAUCAAUAGUGCCCUGGAUUUGUGCUCUGAAAGAAAAGUAGUUAGUUUGUUUAGUUUACUCAAUUGGUUAAUGUGUCAUCAUGAAGCUUCUAGAUUUAGCUAGCAAUCCUCUAUUUCAGCAGUUGCUAUCAGAAGAUAGAUUCAUCUCCACAACAUCAACAGAGUAAUACCAUUAGCCAGCAGUUUACCAUCACCUGGAUUAUCAAAUGAUUAUGUGACACUUUCAGAAAAAUGGGACUUCCCUCUUUCUUGGGAUGCUAUUUCCAUUUUGGUGGUCAGGGUCUCUUUAUAUCAACACUAUAGCAAAGCUCCCUGGUGUCUAUUAAUUUCACAAAAUCACUGUUUUUCCUGGUUAUGUGUGUUAUUAUUAUUAUAGCAUAGUUCUUUACCUGUACAUAAAAGAGGGAUCAAAAAAAAAAAAAAAAAAAAAAGUAUUUUCCUUUUCCUCCACAAUUAUUGAGAAAGGUGAUGAGUGGCAAAACCACCAGAAUAUUUUCUACUACCACAGCUAUAGAGCACUGAUAAAGUUUGACAAGUUUUCUUCAUCAUAGUGGUUUGGUUGUAUGUGUAUAAUCAGCCAGCUUUUAGUGGUUAUAUUUAUACUGCACCCCUCUGUCAGCGCAUGCUAUCAGUAGUUAUAGACAAAGCUCUACAGCAACAGCUAUGCUUUAUGGCUAACUAGUCUUAUCUGUUAAACAAUACAAUACACAAACUGUUUACCUGUUCUGCUUUUGUGUUUCUUGAAGGGUUCAACCAAGUGAUAUCUAAAUGUGCUGUUGAGGAUGAAUUCCAUAUUGUCAAAUGCAGCUGGAUAGAUACCAAACUAAUUCAAAAUACCUUGACGAAUAAUGAAAGUUAUAUUACUUGGUACAAACACACAGAUUCAAACAACAAAGUGAAUAUUUCUGCAAAUGUGAACAACAGGAUAACUGCUAAAGGAGAUACACUUGAGUUUUGGCCAUUACAGUUAAAUGAUUCCGGAGAAUAUAGCUGUGCUAUCCAGUAAGUAAACAUUUUAAAUUAUUAUAAAAGCAACAAUACUAUACUCCCAAACCAGAGCUAGCAGAGUUGGCUAGGGACCUUCCUUAGCAAUUACAGCAGAUGUGUUGCUAUACCGUGGAGGUUCCCUACUGCACAACCUUAUCAAUCAAGUCUUUGGCAUAGAGUCUAUGCUGAAGAAUUGUUUGACAGGUAGGGAAAGACUUGUUUUUCAAAAGGUUUUCCUCUCAAUCUAUAUAUUGCUAGCAAACCUUCUAACACAAUAUAUAGAUAAAAUAGGAUGAUCUUUAAAAAGCAAAAUUAGUUUUGGCCCUGGCAAGUUCCAUUUAAUGGCAUCAUAAACACACCAUCUUAUUGAAAUAGUUAUGGUAUCUAGAGUCCCCUGGUGCCAACUCAUGGUUAAUUUCCCAAUGUUCAAACUGAACGAGCAUCCCCUGCAGCCAGGUCUCUCUAUGUUGUUUAGACUUAUUCUUCCAAGUUAUCUUAAACAGUGAUGGGUACCAGUGAUUGACUGCGAGUAUUGAAAAGGGCUUUAUUUUCAUUGGGAAUGGAAUCAACAAGGCUGUCCAUUAGCACCCCUCCUAUAUAUUUUAUCCAUUAAGUCACUUGCGACAUAUAUGAGAUUAUCACGUAAUAUCUCAGGUGGUUUUUAAGUAGACCAAGAACAGAAAAUAACACUAUUUGCUGAUGAUGUAAUUUUUACCUUGACAAAUCUAGAAAUGCCCCUUCCAGCAGUAAUGAACUGCAUGGAUGAAUAUAGUUACCUUUCUAACUAUAAAAUUAAUGUACAUAAUACCCAAGUUAUUCAUAGGAAUUUAACACACUCACUGGUCAAAAAACUCUGGAUUUAAGUGCUCUUAAAAUUCCAUCUUAUAUCUCGGAAUUAAGAUAAAUUUUAAUGUCAGUUCAUGGCUUCAGGAAAACUAUGACAUACUUGUUCAAGAGCUUAACGGUCUGACAGAUAAAUGGAGUAAAAUAUAGCUCUCUUGGCUUGGGAGUAUAAAUACCCUUAGAUCCUAUUUACUUCCCAAGUUAGAAUAUCUCUUUUGUAUAAUACAUCUUAGAGUCCCCAAAAUAGUCCCCAAAAUAAUGUUGAGGUUGUUUCCUAGACUAUUUGUAUUUUAUGUUUGGGAUGGAAAAAAAAACUAGGAUGAAACAAUGCUAACCAGAACAUCAGAAGGGGGAUUUAUCAUUUCCCAAUGUUUUUCUUAUUCACGACACUGUUAUGUUUUCACAUUAUCUAGAAUGGGGAAACAUGUAUUCUUUAACCCCUUAAUGACACAACUUCUGGAAUAAAAGGGAAUCAUGACGGAAUAUUUCCAUCAUGUGUCCUUAAGGGGUUAACGAAACCCUGGUGUAUGUUUGAAAGAAAGAUCAUUUGAUCCUGUUCACUUUGGAUAGAUAAAAACAUCUAUAGAAAUUUGAAGAUAGACAACUUAGUUAUCAACCAAGUCUUUUACUCUGUAGAUGCAAUAAAGAAACUCUUAAUCUCAAACAACUUUCUAAACAUACUCCAUUGAUAGUUCUGAAAUUACUUAUUCAAGAUUUGAAUUUGACAGGUUGGUCAGACGCAGGAUUAAUGAGACUAAAAUAGACACGUGCAAUUAGUUUCGGUCCGAAUUUAAAUUCGUAUGAAUUUCGGCAAUUCGGACAUUUGGAUGCUUCUGAAUGUCCGAAUUGCCGAAGUGCGAAAGUCCUGAAUUGCCGAAUUGUGGAAAUGCCAAACCUAAUUUUGGAAGUGCCAAAUUGCCGCAGUCCUGAAUUACCGAAUUUUGGAAGUGCCAAACUGAAUUGCUGAAGUGCCGAAUUUCGGAAGUGCCGAAGUGCUUUGAAAUUCUGAAAAGUGGCAAAACAGGAGAGGGAGGGAAAAUUAAGGGAAUGAUGACAGGAAUCUAACCCUAUCCCUAAGCCUACUCCUAACCCUGGCCCUAAACCCACCCCUACCCACCUAUUAGGAUUAGGGGUAGAGUUAGGGUUAGGUUUAAGGGUAGGGUUAGGGGUAAAGAAAGGUUGGGGUUAGGGUAGGUUAGGGGUGGGGUUACGGUUAGGGGUAGGGUUGGGUUAGGGGUUAAGGCUAGAGGUAGGUUAGGUUUAGGGGUGUGGUUAGGGGUAAGGGAAGGUUUAGGGGUGGAGUUAAGGGUAGAGGUAGGGUUGGGGUUUUGGGUAGGGUUAGGGUAGAGUUAGAGGUGGGAUUAGGGUUAGGGGUAGGGUUAGGGGUAGCGUUAGCAGUUAAGAUUAGGGGUAGGGUUAGGGGUAGGGUUACGGUUGGGGUAGGGGUAGGAGUUAGGGGUAGGGUUAGGGCUUAGGGGUAGGGUUAUGGGUAGGGUUAGGUUAGGGUAGGGUUAGGGUUGGGGUAGAGUUAGGGUUCGGGGUGGGGUGGGCUUAGGGUUAGGGGUAGGGUUAGUGAACUGCCGAAGUCCCAAAUUUCCAAAGUCCUGAAUUGCCGAAGUCCAGAAUUUUGGAAGUGCCGAACCAAAGAGCCGAAGUGCCAGAUUGCUGAAGUCCCGAAUUUCAGAAGUGCUGAACCGAACCGAAGUGCCCGAAUUUCCUGAAGUCAUGAAUUUCGGAAAUCCAAACCGAACCAAAUUUUUUGUCCAUGCACAUCCCUCGAAUAAAAUAUAUUUACUGUGCUGGUAAAAUCUGCAAGCUUUUUGAUCUUCAAAUUAGAACAAAUCUUGAUAAAGAACUAUUUACAUAUAUAAAUGAAUCACCUUUAGAUAAGCUUCUACUUGGAGAUCAUGGAAAGAUACCUUCUAAGAUUAAGAAAGCUAUAUAUACCCUAAAUCAAAAUAUGAAAAUAAAAACUAUUAAAGAUUAGGAAAAGGACAUGGGUAAAACGUUCUCUUUCCAGACAUGGCAAAAUUAUUUUAAAAUGAUUGUGAAAUCUAUCCAUUGCAUGAAUAUACAGGAGACCUUUUUUAAAUUUGUACACAUAUUGUAUGUGACUCCUAUAAAACUUUGUAAAUUUCAACCAAAUACUUCUAUUCUUUGUUGGAGAUGUAAUAGAAAUGUUGGUACACUAAAACAUAUAUGGUGGGACUGUCUGAUACUAAAUAAUUUCAAAAAUCUUCAUAGACUUAUCGAUAUUACUUUAACUUUAGAGCAAUUUCUUUUUCAUUUUGAUCUUUCGUGUCUAUCUAAAUCAUUAGAAUAUCUGGUUAUUCAUAUUCUAAUGGCAGUGAAACGAUGUAUGGCUAGAUAUUGGAGAAAAGAGGAAUUUUCCAUCAUAGAAGAUUAAUUACCAAGGGGUAAUGGAAAAAGCAGUGUAUUAUGAUGAUGGUAAUAUAACGACAUACAAUAAGUUCUGGGAUGUUGGUUUACCUAUUCGAAAGAGUGAAUUCUGUCCCCAAAUCAUAUUUUACCUGACAUUGAUAUGUAUUAUAACUUGUGGUUUCGUCCUACAGGUUGGUCCCCAAUAGGAAAUGUAUGUUUUGAAAUAAUCCUUAUUAUAAAUUAAUGUUUUUAGGAUUAGACUAGGAGAGUCCUCCCUGCCCCCCCUUAGGUGUCUCAGUUGUUUUGUGGUGUAUUUGUUUGAUGUAUUUUUUCAUAUGUUUUUAAUAUGUUAUUUAUGCAUCAUUGUUUGUUUCUCUUUGAAGAAUAUAAUAUAUAAUAUUUAAUUGUUGUUUUAUUAUUUCUUCUGCAGAACAAUAAUAUUUUAAGUAUGUGUAACAUUACAUAAACCAUGUUAUUUAUUGCAUGUGUAAACAAACACUUAAACUAUGAAUAAUGAACUUAAUUAUAUCUAUAUUGAUUAUAUAUUGAUUAUAUGCAUACUUAUAUGUCUAAAAAAACAAAUAAAAAUGUUAAAGGUAAAAAAAAAGAAAAGGGCUUUAAUACUAUCACUGCCACCCAUGACUUUUAUGGAUUUUUAGGCAUAAUGUGGUCUUACACUUGGUCUUAGACUAUGUUUUAGGUGGGGCAUAGCCACAUGUACAUGGGGACCCUAAUUCAAUGGUAAAUCAUUCAAAACCAGCUUAACACUGAACCAUGGAAUGAGUUAUGCAUGAGGACUUCCAGCAUCACCGAAAUCCCCAUAGGAAAGCAUUCAUUAAUACUUUCCUAUGAGGAAAUCCAAAUGCGAGUGCGGCCAUUGCUGCGCAUGCUCAAUAGGUCUCCCCCUCCAGCUGACGUCGGCAAGGAGGAGCAUGGGCGGAGUUGGACCCAGGGCCGGGGGACAUCAGCGCUGGAUUCAGGUAAGUGACUGAAGAAGUAGAAAACCAUUGUACCAGGAAAACAACUAUUUUUAUCUGGCACUAUAGAAUCCCUUUAAUCUGCCCCCUCACCUAAAGAUCAGUUUUACUGCAAACUAUUUCACACCACCAUUUAACUUAAAGGGAUACUUCAGGCAUUAAAACAAACUGUAGCUUAAUGAAGCAGUUUUAUUGUAUAGCUCAUGUCUCUGCAGUCUUACUACUCAAUCCUUUGCCAUUUAGGAGUUAAAUCACUUUUAUUUCUGUUUAUGCAGUCCUAGUCACAAACACCCUGGAAAAAAAUGGUUUAAUUUUCAAUCUUAAAUUUAAAGUUUUUCUCCUUAAUUCCUAAAUGGCAGAGAAUUGAGCAGUGAGACUGCACUAUAUACACCAAAACUGCUUCAUUAAAGGACCACUAUAGGCAGCUUAAUGAAGUGGUCUGGGUGCCAGGUCCAUCUAGGAUUAACCCUUUUUUUUUAAUAAACAUAGCAGAAGCAGAGAAACUGCUAUGUUUAUAAUAUGGUUAAUCCAGCCUCUAGUGGCUGUCUCUUGACAGCCGCUAGAGGCACUUGCGUGCUUCUCAGAGGCACUUGCGUGCUUCUCACUGUGAAAAUCACAGUGAGAAGACGCCAGUGUCCAUAGGAAAGCAUUGUAAAUGCUUUCCUAUGAACUGGCUGAAUGCGCGCGUGGCUCCUGCCGCGCAUGCACAUUCAGCCGAUGACGUCGCUAUAGAGGAGGAGAGGAGGAGGAGAGCUCUGCGCCCGGCGCUGGAGAAAGGUAAGAUUUUAACCCCUUCCUCUCCCCAGAGCCUGGCGAAAGGGGGACCCUGAGGGUGGGGGCACCCUCAGGGCACUAUAGUACGAGUAUGUUUUCCUGGCACUAUAGUGGUCCUUUAAGCUGGAGUUGUUUUUCUACCUAUAGUAUCCCUUUAAAUUACUAGGCUAUACUGCUAGAUCUAUGUGAAAUCACCUUCGACAGGUUUCUUGAGUGCACUUUUGACAGUAUGUCUAAUUACAUAAUUUUCUGUCAGGAAAAAUAUAUCUGUAAUUAAUUUCAACAUUUUUCAAUAUCUUUUAUUUAUAUUUAUUUUUUUCAAGAAAUGAAAUUAGCAGACGUCAUAUCUUAAACAUUUCCAAGAGAAAUCAGGAUAAUUGUUUUACUUUAUCUUGCAUACAUACUCAACAAUAUUAUACUGGAACAUAUGCAAAGAUUGUUGUUGACCUAUAUGCUGAAUACACAAAUGAAAUCACGUCUAUCGUGUGGUACAAGGUAGGUAAAAUGUUCAUCUUAAAUGUCUUCUGUUAAAAUUUGACUAGGCCGAAAGUGCAUGUAAUGUUAGUGUGGUUGUUCUGCAAUUGGAUACUGUGCACAACUAGUACAUAUUUUUAAGCUAUGGGAAUGAUGUAAUAUCUUCAGUAAAUAUGAGAUAAUUGUACAAAUCUUUAAAUAAUAUGUGGAUACAUGUGGGAAAGCAGAUGCAAACUCGUGUAGUUAAAGAGGAAAUAUUUCAAUGUUAAACACCACACAGGGUUAAUCACUGCAGUGAGGAUUACCAGAAAUUCAUAGUGAACACAAACCAGAUUAUUCACUAAAGUGAGGAUUUAAAGUGAAUUUCUAAUUUAAGGUCAAAAUAGCCAAUGUCAACAAGGUUAAAUAGAGUCCUGGAAUUAGGUACCUGUGAUAAGGAGGGGUGCAACACCAGGGAGUUGGCCUGGACUCCCAAAUAUAUAAAAAAUACAUAUAAAACCAGGAAGGCUGCACUCACCUGAACAUGCAUUCAUAGAAUAUAGAAGAACAUAGAAGAUUCAGCACACUCACUCUCUAAACACCAGUUCACAAAAUGUAAUAGUUUUUUUUUUUUUUUUAAACACCUGAUAUAGACACAUAAAUGAGGAUUUGGUUACAGCAUAUAAUCAUGCAUUGCAUAAGCCUGCAAUAAUGCCAAUGUACCCCAUUCUUGGCAGGGCAUACUCAACCUAAUGCCUGCUCUUAUUAGAUAAACCUACAUACUGUUGACAUUAUUCAUCUUGGGACUCUCUGCAGGUCAAGGUUAAAAAGGCCCCUUGAAUAAGGCAUCUGUGACAGAGAGGGGUAUAAAAGCAAGGGAGUUAUUCUCCUUGGUUGGGGAUUUCUAUAUGCUCUGCCAAGAGGAGUGUUGUAGAGGGACUGAAUAAAGUCCUGACAGAAAAAUGUGUUUCUCUGUACUGUAAAAACACGGGCGAAAAUGGAAAGUUGGGUUUUAUUAACAGAAUUUAUUUUGCUUUUAAGAACAAAAUAAAAAAAAAUUGUAUAAACCAUUGCACAAACUUUGUUUGUAGGGAAGGGAUUAAAAGGCAAGAUUAGUUUUUUUUUCUGAAAAAGGACAUAUUCAUUGUGGAGGACGCCAUCAGGGCGUUAAAGCCUAUAAUCUAGUCUGAUGUUGCAUGCUUCACAUCCAACAGGCUGAGUUUCUAAAUGUAUUUUUGUUUAAAUUGAAGCUAUUGUGUUAGGAAUACUAAGUUGUAUUCCAAACACUAUGGUGCCCUCUGAUCUCCCCCUUCCCGUGCCCCCCUGACACAUAUUGGUUAAAAAAUCCUUUAUUUACUCACCAAAUUCCAGCACCAACCACCCUUGAUGCCUGGUCGGCGCUCAGCCUCCUCCAACGUCAUCCGAUGGUGGCACCUAAUGGGCAUGUGCAGUGAGUUCUGCUUAGGCCUUCCCUAUAGGAGAGCAUUGAAUCAAUGGGAAUCAAAUAUCAUGGGAAUAAAUUCUGGUGAUUUCACUGACACUGGAAAUCACCAGAAUGAGGACAUCCAGCCUCGUUUAAGGGACUCCGAGUCUGUCUCUAGUGGGGACUUAGAAGUGUCUCUAGUGGAUGUCUGGUAGACAGACCCUAGAGGCAGUAUUAGUACUGAAAUGUAAACAUUGCAGUUUCUCAGCAACUGCAAUGUUCUACAUUGCGCGACUAAUGGGGACAGGGACAUUGCGUCUAGACUAUUUUAAUCAGCUGAUGUGGUCUGUAUGCCUAUAGUGUCCCUUUAAUUCAAAUUCUUAUUUUAAAGAUUGAUAUGUACUACAUAAAUUGCACAAUGCAUGUUAACUUUAAAGUGCAUAUUUUGUAGCUAACCAAUGCAGUAAUAUUGCAUUUAUUUAAUGAUGCUAGAAAGAACAAAACAGAAAAAGUGGUAAAUAAAUAUUAGCAUAUAAUUAUUAAUUAAUCUACGUUUCCUGGUUCACGGGCAUUGUGAAAACGAAUACAUAUCCAUUCAAUUGUAGGACUGUGAAUGGUAUGCUGAGGGGGUCGAUGUGAUUUCAUUUGAUUCCAUACAGCAGUCAGAUGCAGGAGAAUAUGCAUUUGUCAUUACACAAACACACAAUGGACUAAGUUAUAGCAGCUCAAGAAGAACAAAGUUAGUGGUAAAAGGUGAGUAAUGUUUUCAACAUAGAAAAAAAAAGGCUGAAAGCUAAUUCUUUUGUCUUUUCACACUGUUUACACUUUUAUUUCUUGUAUAUUAUAGCUCAGAAUUCAGAGUUCAUGUCUCAUUUUACCCAACAACAGCAGUGGAAAUGAAACUUUGCCAUCACGUAAUACCUGCCGACAAAUAAAAUAUCUAAUUUUUUUGUUGUUUUGCAAUUAAAUAUAGAAGGAAGUAAGAUUGUUUGUUGAGUUUCAGUACAAUUGUGUUUCAGUACAGUUAUGUAACAUAUUUGCAUUUGAGGACACUACACAGUCAUUAGUGUCAUAAACCACAAGAAUUGAAAUUAUCAAUGAAUAAGGACUUUAUUAAAAUUGCAAACCUAGAAGAAAAGGUUUCAACCACGAGAAUGAAAGUAUGUUACUUUCACUUUUUGUGAUAAAUAAAAUCCUCUGAAAACUGUUUCUGAAACAAAAGUUACAUGUCUGUCAUGAGAGCAUAUUCCACUAUACACAGCUGCCUACAAAACAUAGUGCUUUAAGUAUAGUACCUUUUGAAUCACUAUGAUAUAUUUUCAUUUAUUCAGUUAAUUUGUGGUUUUUAUAAGAUUUGUUACUUUCUGUGUUGGGUGAACAUUAUUAUUUAUAGAAAUUUUAAGACAUCGCCACUCACAAAGGCCUUGAUAUAAUAUUUUUUUUUUAUUAAUUAUUUACUAUUUUAAUAAUUUUGUAAUAUUUUUGAUAUGUUGAUAUAUGUUUGAUAGAUGAUAUAUUUUUGAUAUUUAAUAUUUUAAAAAAUAUAUUUUACCAGUUUAGCCAAAAAUAUGGCAUAAUUUCAAAAGCUUAUGCAAAAAUAUUAAAUCAAGACCAAAAUGGCUAUUAUACACAAGAUGAUGCCAUGCUUCUAUAGAAAUUAAAAAUAUUAUAUUGGAAUUCAAAGGUAGUUAUUCCCUUGCAUAAACUCUUUCAAAAAAAGAUUAUUUUGUAAUCUUGUCAGGUUAUGAAUUAAAUGCAUAUUAGCUUGUGCAAUGGUUCCAAAACCAGUCCUCCUGGCCCACCACCAAUCCAGAAUUUCUGUAUUUUCUUUUUAAUUCCAAUGGAGAUAAUGACAAAACCUAGACUGUUGGAGGGCCUUGUGGACUGGUUUGGGUACCACUGGUCUAGUAUAAACUUUCUGAACACUGUGCAGUCUAUCCUAAUUCUUCAAGCAUAUGAGUAAAGUUUGUUAAUAUUGCUUGACUAGUAGAAGAAAACAUUUUUAACAUGUUAAAAAUGAUCAAGAGUGUUAUAUAUAACGUUUUAAACAAACAAACAAAUAAAUACAUAUUACUUAUCUCAAAUUGUCAGGUUCACCUAGGGUUAGUGGUAAAGCACUUUCUAGUGCCUAAGCAUAGAUAGGAUUUGCUAUUUUGUAGUAUUUUUACAGAAAUCUAAAAUUCUAGAUUAUUUAACCCUAUGACAUAUUUGAAAGGAACAUUGCUUUAUAAUGAUUAACUGUAUUGAUUUAAUUGGUUUAUUUCAUUGCUUUUAGAUAAAGGAGAAAUAGUAAGACCAACGAUUACUGGUGAUAAAAAUGUCACUGCAGUUAUAGAACUAGGUAUGUAUGUGUGUAUUUAUUAAAACUCUGGCAAUUUGUGUCUAACAAAUACUGUAAUAGAAAUCAAACAUUGAUUAUUUGGCUUUAACCAACUAUUGACCUAAAUAUCAACAGAGUGCAAAUAUGGUAAGGAAGGGAAUAAACAUUGCAUGGAUUACACGUUUUGAGGAUAUGUUUAAAUUAUAUAUAUGUGUGUGUUUGUACAAAUGCAAAUAUAGGCCUCACUUGAACCCCUUAACAACCAAUGACAGUUCAGGACCUUCAUCGGAAACAUCCCCUUGAGGACCGAUGACGGUCCUGAACCGUCAUAAUGGUCUGGGGGUACUUACCUGAUCGCCGUCGUUCCCCCGGCGGCGAUCAGCGUUCCUCCCGGUCCAAGGAGAUUGCCUGUCUGCCCAGACAGUCUCCCCGUGGCAGAUCAGGACCCCGCGGCCGAGUGAUCGCUCGAUCACAUGACCGCAAUAGGUGUCUGUGUAUCUGCCUGCAGGGGGACUGUCUGUGCUGACAGGCAGUCUCCCUGCAAGUGAAAAAUCCUAAAAUAAAGUUAAAUAAAAUCAAUUAGUGUAAAAAAAAUAAUAAUAUAUGUAUAUAUAUAAGAUCUAUAUACAUGUAUUAUAUCUAUAUAUAAUAUAUGUAUAUUUAUCAUAUAUAAUGUCAUGCUAAGUGUAUUUUUAUAUUUAUAUAUACAUAUAUUAAUAUAAAAUACACGUAUAAUUAAAUUACACACAUGUAUAUAUAUAAUAUAUAUAAUAACUAUAUAUAUUGUAUAUAUAUAUUAUUAUAAAAUAUAACUAAUAAGUAAAUAAAAAUAAAUGAAAAAAUUUUUAAAUGAUUUUUAAUAAUUAUAAAAAAAUUAUAUAUAUAUAUAUAUAUAUAUGUAAUUUUAUUCUACCGUUAUUUUGAUAUUAAUAUAUAUAUUUAUAUCAAAAUAUACUUAGAAUGAAAUGAUAUAUAUAUAUACAUAUAUAUAUAUGUAUAAAUAAAUAAAAAUAAUACGAAAUAUACAUAUGGCCAUAUACAUAAUUACAUAAAUAAUUUCAUAAAUAUACACGUAGACUUCAAAUAUAUAAAUGUGUAUAUAUAUUUAAAUUCUACGUGCAUAUUUAUGUAAUAUUUUUACAUAAUUAAGUAAUUUUAUUGAUUGCAAUUUGACGGACAUGCCUGACAACCCAGGCCGAAAGUCCAGAGAAUUUAAUUUGCUAGCACUGUGUUUUACCCUGUAACUUUCUAUGACACCCUAAAACCUGUACAUGGGGGGUACUGUUUUACUCAGGAGACUUUGCUGAACACAAAUAUUAGUCUUUCAAAACAAUAAAACAUAUCACAGCGAUGAUAUUGUCAGUGAAGGUGAAGUUGUUUGCAUUUUUCACAUACAAGCGUCACUUUCACUGAUGAUAUUAAUGCUGUGAUACAUUUUACUGUUCUGAAACACUAAUAUUUGUGUUCAGCGGAUUCUCCCGAGUAUAACAGUACCCCACAUGUAGAGGUUUUAUAGUGUUUUUUAAAGUUAAGGCUUGAUUUUACUUUUUUUUUCAUUGAAAUUUGUCAGAUUGGUGAUGUUGCCUUUGAGAGCGUAUGGUAGCCCAGGAAUGAAAAUUACCCGCAUGAUGGCAUACCAUUUGCAAAAGAAGACAACCCAAGGUAUUGCAAAUGGGGUAUGUUCAGCCUUUUUUAGUAGCCACUUAGUCACAAACACUGGCCAAGUUUAGCAUUUCUUGCAUUUUUAACACGCAAACAAAUAUAAAUACUAACUUUGGCCAGUGUUUGUGACUAAGUGGCUACUAAAAAAGAUUGGACAUACCCCAUAUUGAAUACCCUGGGUUGUCUACUUUAAAAAAAAAUAUGUACAUGUGGGGUGUGAUUCAGAGAUUUAUGACAGAUAAUAGUGUUGCCAUGUCACUAUUGAUACAUUUAAAAUAUAUAUAUAUUGAAACAGCAAUUUCCUACUUGUACUUAUAGCCAUAUAACUUGCAAAAAAAGCAAAAAAGCACAUAAACACUGGGUGUUUUUAAACUCUGGAAAAAAUGUUGAAUCUAUUUAGCAGUUUUUAAAAUAUAUGACAUGAUAGAAAUAAUGGUAUGUAAAGAAAGCCCUUCUUGUCCUGAAAAAAACAAUAUAGAACUUGUAUGGGAACAGUAAAUAAGAGAGCGGAAAAAUUACAGCUAAACACAAACACCACAAAAGUGUUAAAACCGCUCUGGUCCUUAACGUACAACAUCACAAAAACAGGCUGGUCCUUAAGGGGUUAAUAAACUUUACAAAUGAUUACAAACUUUCCAUAUUGAUUAUCUAGAGAAGUAAGCAUUAAAGGGAUGGAAAUUGCUGUAGGUAAAUAAUUUGGAAAGUUUUUCUAACACUAUUGAAUCAUUUAGAAGGUUAUUAAAUCAAUGCCAUAGUUAGUGCAAAUAUACACCUGCACACGAGGUCACGCAUUUAGGCUGGAAGAAAGGAGAUUUCAUCUAAGGCAAAGGAAAGGUUUUUUUUUUACAGUAAGAACAAUAAUGAUAUGGAAUUAUCUGCCUGAAGAGGUGGUUUUAUCAGACUCCAUACAGAUGUUUGCAAAAUUGGAAGCGCUUCAGACUAGGUUUUUUGCCUUCUUUUGGAUCAACAGCAAAAACAUAUGUGAGGAAGGCUGAACUUGAUGGAUGCAAGUUUCUAUUCAGCUAUGUAACUAUGUAGCUAUGUAACUAUGUAAUAUAUAAUAUAUAAAGCCCGUCUCGUCCACUCAUCCGUUUUCCUGGCACUAUAGUGCACUGAGGGUGCCCCCACCCUCAAGGACCCACUCCCGCCUGGCUCUGGGGAGAGGAAAGGGGAUAAACUUACCUUUUUUCCAGCGCCGGGCGGAGAGCUCUCCUCCUCCUCUCCGCCUCCGAUCCUCCCUUUCGGUUGAAUGCGCACGCGCGGCAAGAGCUGCGUGCACAUUCAGCCGGUCUCAUAGGAAAGCAUUUACAAUCCUAUGGACGCUUGCGUGUUCUCACUGUGAUUCAAUGAGACAGCCACUAGAGGAUUUGGAGGCUGGAUUAACCCAUUUAUAAACAUAGCAGUUUCUCUGAAACUGCUAUGUUUAUAAAAAAAAAAAAGGGUUAAUCCUAGCUGGACCAGGCACCCAGACCACUUCAUUAAGCUGAAGUGGUCUGGGUGCCUAGAGUGGUCCUUUAAGCGGGAUGGUGGGAGAGGACCCAGAAAUUGGAACUGUCCCAGUGAAAGCAAGACAUUUUGGAGGCAUUCUUAGUUGCUGAAGUGUGAAUGGUUAGGAAUUCAGAGUGAAUUUUAACUUUGAGCUAAACUUAAUACAAAGCUACAUCAAUUUACUUGGUUAUAAUACUUUGCAUGUAUCCUAUUUAAUGCCAUAUUUAAAUAUGGAGAAUUAAAAUAUUCUCUUACGCAAAAACAAAUAGAGUUAUUAAUGGUAAUAUUAUGCUUGUCUUUUUAUAUUUUAUGUACUUUAAUAUAUGUACUGCUGAAAUAUAAAAUAUUUGUAUUUUUCUACCAGCAAAAGACUGAUGUUAAUGUUUUGUUCCAUGCUCUACAUAGGAGAAGAUUUCACAGUUGAAUGUGAAGCUUUUUAUGGCCAUAGCAACAAUACCGAUGCUAUUUUGUACUGGCUUCAAGCCAAUAAGAAUUACAGACUAAAUAGCGACGAAGAAAAGUUUGUAUUUGUAGAUACAUGUGGAAGUGUCAUAAACACAACGUGCAGCACAGAAACAUCAGAAAAGUAAGUAAUGGGAAUUUUAUAUGUAUCCACCUCUAUGAAUUACAAUUCCGUUUAUAUUUAUAGGCAAUAUCUAGUUUAAGGAAUUAUCCCGAAAGUGGAAUAACUAUGUUGAAUAGCACUGUUACUAAAUUAGGUUUCAGAUUAAUAGCGUGACACUUAAAGGAACAUGCCAAACACCCAAAGCACUUCAGCUUGAUGAAGGGUUUUCGGUUUGAAGUGUGGCUUAAUUUUACAAAAAGUGCAGAUUUUGAUACAUUCUACUUUUUACACCUCCCUGUCAAACAGACAACACAUCCAUUUACUUUCUGGUAGGUUAAAAUGAAGAGGCAACAACUGCCCAAAGUACCUGCCUUGCAAUGCCUUCUCAUUGAGCUGUAUUGGGAUGUCUGUAAUUGCAAGCACUCUCCUUCCUCAGCAAGUCUGGGCUGGGGAAGGAGAGUGCCUGCAAAUGCUGUAGAUAAGAGGUCUGCAGCUUUUGCAAGCUGUUGUUAUAUAUAUACCCCUGAUUAAAAAUUGUAUUGCGAAACAUACAUGUUUUCAUUGGGGCAAAUAUCUACUAGAUUGUUAAAAAUAAAUCUCUCUCUCUCUCUCUCUCUCUCUCUCUCUCUCUCUCUAUAUAUAUAUAUAUAUAUAUAUAUAAAUAUAAUGUUAAAAAUGUAUAUUUUACUUUUGGAGUGUUAAUUGCUUCAUGUACUUUUAAAACCGCCAGACACACAUGCAUUAUGUUUUAUGGUAUUACAUCUAUUUUUACAAAUUACUAUAUCAAUAAAAAAAAUAAUAAUAAUGAAAUCCCUCAUGAAUAAGUAAAUAAAUAAAUUAGUAAUACAAUUUUUACACACAUUUCCUACUAAAAUAUGGCAGAAAUCUAUACACAGGAAAAAAAAAAGAAAUUCAACAUACAAAACAGGCAAAUUAACUCUCUAAAAGGCAGUAUAUCACAGCUUUGUAUUUUUGUAUUUUUUAAUUUAAAUGUUUGAAAUUUACAUUUUUAGAUUUAAAAGAAAAAGAUUUUUGCUUUUUUAAUGUCUACAUAUAGCUCAAACUGAGUAGGGAUGGUGGUAAUGGCAAGUGUAGCUCCUUUAUACGUUUACCGUAUAUACUCGUGUAUAAGUCGAUCUCAUGUAUAAGUCGAGUGCAGUUUUGUGACCAAUAAUUGUGAAAUAUGCUAUGCCUCGUGGAUAAGUCGAGGGUAAAACUUGGGGCUAUGAAAUUCUGUGAUUUUUAUAAUUAUAUACACACACACUCAUACAAGCACACACUCUGCAUUAUACACACACACACUCAUACAAACACACACUCUGCAUUAUACACACACACACACACUCUGCAUUAUACACACACACACACUCAUACAAACACACACUCUGCAUUAUACACACACACUCAUACAAACACACACUCUGCAUUAUAUAUGCACACACUCUGUGUGUAUAUAAUGCAGAGUGUGUGUGUUUGUGUGAAUGCAGAGUGUGUGUGUGUAUAUAUAAUGCAGAGUGUGUGUUUGUAUGAGUGUGUGUGUAUAAUGCAGAUUGUUUGUAUGAGUGUGUGUGUUUGUCUGAGUGUGUGUGCGUAAAUAUUUUAGUAUUAUUUUUAAUUUUAUUAUUUAAUUUUUUAAUUUUAAUAUUUUAAUUGUAAUUUUAUUUUUGUCCCUCCUCCUUGCUUGUUAGCUGGCCAGGGAGGGGGGGAGCUCUCAUUCCCUGGUGGUCCAGUGGAUGGGCUGUGUAGGAGGGGGGCUGGCAUCGAGCUGUAACUUACCUUUCCUGCAGCUCCUGUCAGCUCCCUUCUCCUCCAGUUUUCACACAAAAUAUAUCUACAAGAAAUAAUGAACAAAAGCCAAAUAGUGUAAUACGGCAACUACAUUUAGUUCUGGAAUUCUCAUGGUUAAGCUCACAAAAAUCGGUGUAAUUGAAGGCUCAUCAUGUUUAGAAGUAGAGAAUUCAUCUCUGGAAAAUCUCCUGGACAAGAAUGUAAGGAGUUAAAAGGCCCAACAUUUAUCACAAGGAGCCAAUAGUAAAAUGCAGCUGCAACUUAAUAGAUCUUAUUUUUCUUAAGAUAAAUAUGUAUCAGGGGUACACAAAUAGACACAAAGGAUAAAAACAAAUAAUGCAAACAGUGGGGCACAAUACGUGUUCCAUCUUAUCACUAAGACUUGCUCAGGGGCAUCAAGGUGCUGUAUAGUGCAGGACAAACACACUAAUUGUUUAUAUACCUUAGUAACUUCACUGAAGGGUCGCCAUCAGCCAGUCCCAUAGGGUUCUGCAAUGGUCACUGUUUUAAACACUGAUUUUUUUUUAUUUUUUUUUAUCCAAAGCAUAAGCUAUGAUUGAAAAGGAUCAGUGACCAGAAACCGGCCAAGGACUGCAGGUUCAACUGUCUGGGUCUUAUGAUCAUGGCACCAGCUCUGAUGUGGUAGUUGAAGUCUCUCUGAGUGCAUAUAGCUAGAUAGCAAAAAUAUAGUGGUAAGGUCAAACACGAGACAUGUCCCACAGUAUAAAUACAAAAAUUACUAUGCAGUGUACAUAGCGUGGGUGUUACAUCAGUUUGGCCUCACCACAAUCUUUUGUGGCUUGUUUCUAGUCAACCAAUUCUUUUGAAUCAUAGCUCACACAUUGUUAAAAAAAAAAAAAAAAAAAAACUACUGUGUUUUAAACAUUGUCCUUUGCUAAGGGUAUCUGCCGAAAUAAAGUAUGAUAUCUGAAGCAUGAUUUCCAUCUUUGCUUAUUUGAAUGCCAAGAUGGAACUCUGGGAUCGUUGGGGAAACAUGCUUUCUCAAGUUCAUGUGCCCAAAAAGUGUCUAACUUGAGAUAUACAGGUGACACAUAACUGUAUUUUUAAAAUGUAUUUAUUUUUGUAUUUGUACUGAGGGAGUACAUAUAUUGUUGUUACUUUCUUCAGGUUUCAUCCACACUUUUGCACCACCACAACUCUUUUUUUGGUAUGUAUGUAUAUAUAUAUAUGUAUAUAUAUAUGUGUAUAUAUAUAUUUAUAUAUAUAUAUAUAUAUGUGUGUGUGUGUAUCUCUAUCUUUCUCUCUCUCUUUCUCUCUCUCUAUCUCUCUCUAUCUCUAUCUCUCUCGGGCAAAAGUGUGUAUGAAAACCCCUUCCACCUGAAGUAAGUAACACAAAUGUGGUUCUUUGUUGAGCUCAUUUGCAUGCACCUACCCAGAAUUCCUUGCAGAAGUGAGCGCACUGUUAAAGUGAGAAAAGUAAGUCUUAUGGCUUGACUGGUAUGUGUAUUUGUGUUUAGCAAUGUAUUAAAUAUAUAUAUAUUUCUAAAAAUGUUUAUUUAUUCUUUGCUUGGGUACUUUGCGCUGUUAAUGUGUUUUAUAUGUAUGUGUUGAAUAAAUAAUGAAUCUGUAAAUAAUUAUUCACUGUGAUUAAGUAUUAAUUCAAAUUGUUCUAUGUACAAUAAUGUAUAGGUAUAAGAAUAAUAAAGUGUUUGGUACAACAGAAUUACACCUAAGAAGCAUAGACAAAGACAAUAUUAAAUAUCCAUAUAAAUGCCAACUGGUUAGCAACUCUGUUUUGGACAUCAAGUCUGUUACUCUGACAGUUAAAGGUAGGAUGAAAUGUUAGUUUAUGUUGUUCGUGUUCUAAAAACUAAGACCUUAAAAUAUUCAGAUUUUUCAUACUGUUCUAUAAUUCAUUCUAUUGUAAUUAGGUUGAAGUGGAUAACAGUAGGGUAUAAAAAAGAAGCAAAUAAUAAAUUUCAAUCUGCAAGUUAUCCACUACUGCACAAUGUAUCAAAUAGUUGGGUGUCAUUGUAAUAUCAAGCCAAAUAAAGACAUGUGACCCACAUGAAAGCCUCACCUUUUAUCAUGCAUAAACCGAAAGAGCUUAAAAGGACAAUCCACUGCCCAAAUAAAAAAAUGUUAAAAAUAUUUUGUAGAUAUACCUACAAUAAAAACAUGCAUGCAUGCAUUUGAUUGUGCAUUUUUUCAUUAGAGUAUAUCUAAAAACAGCAUGAAAAAGCUGCAGGUAUCUUGUCUGCAACCUUUGCGAGCCAUCCCUUCAUCCUCAGCCCAGACUUUCUGUGGCUGUCCAAUCACAGACUUCCCAGUGCAGCUCAAUGAGAAGUCUUUGCAAAGCAGGAGAAAUACAAGAGUUAGUGAGAAUGAACCUGAUGAAAGAAUUACACCGAAACGUGUGUCGGGUGUUUGUUUGGGGUGCUUUUAGGGCUCUUGUCACCAUGCACAAUGGGAUGUCUAUUUUAUAUAUAGACAUUUUGCACUCUCACUGACUCUUGUAUUUCACUCUGUUUAUUUGACUUCUCUACCUAUCUAGUUAGUUUACUAGGGAGAGAGGCUUUUGACUAUAUCAGUCUUGCUUUCUUACUACUUAGACAUCUAUUAUAUCAUUAUCCUAUAACUGCCUCUCGAUACAUUUGAUACAUAUGGACACGCAGAGAUUUCCUACUGAGUGGUGUAAUGAUUUUUCCUUUGUAUGAACAGACUAAGAAUACGGAUUCACUCUUAGUCAAUUAUUCCUGAGACAUGUUGAUAUAGGUUUAUCCUUUCUGUACUGUUUUUUCCUUUCAUAAAUAUCUUAACUAGAUCAUUCUUUUAAAGGGGUGCAACGUGUGCUAUAAAUAAGCCUAUUUAAUAAAGCUUGUAUGUAUAAAAUUUUAAGCACUUUUUUGGAUAAUCCAAGAAGUUACCUUUAUUUUAUACGGCUAGUAUUUUUCACAUUUGCUCUUGAGACAUAUGUGUCUGUGAUUAAAUAUAUAGUGCAUUCUGAGUCGAUCGUGAUUUUAUUUAUUCCAAGAUACUAUUUACACCUUUCCAGGUCACACUCGUCCAGUAUUUGUGGUUCAAGAGUGUUCUUUUUUAUUAUUGUCACUUACUACAGGGUUAGUCCCAAAUUCUGGAGUUUAACUGCAAUAUUUUAAUACAUAAUUGUUUAAUGGAUGGGCAUCCUUUCCAGCAGAGACCUGAAACUGAGCGUCCAUUAAACAAUUAUGUAUUAAAAUAUUGCAGUUAAACUCUAGAAUUUGGCAGGCAGACAUACCCAUGAACCCAUGGAUUUGGUAACUAUCCAAACCUCAUGGAGAAUAAACCAGAGCACAGAAUAAGCUGGUAGCAAGAAUAGAUUUAGCCACCAGGAGGGCAAGCGCACAGUGGGGUAAUGCCAACACACCUUUAAUGGAAGCCAUAUUGUGUAGAGUUAAAUGAACCAGUGGAGAUAGACCGACUCUCAGGUUUAAUCCAGCUUUAAGACCAUUGACUUCUAGAAUACCAGAGUCACAAAUACAUUAACAUGUUCAGUGAACAAUGGAAAGCCUCCUCAUUUCACUUUUUGCCUUUCAUAUAUCUAUAGGAUAUAAUUAUAUAUAUUUAGUCACAAACUCCACCUUUGAAUUUUUACCUUCUUUCGUUCUCUCUUUUUUUCUCUCUUUCUUCUCUGAUGUAAAUUAUCCUUGUUUUGAAGUUAUAGACAACAAACACACACCAAAUUGCCACACUCCAGGCAAUUCAUAACACUUUGGCAAAACCAGUGCACCAUCAUAUGUGAACUGUUGCCGUAAAUCACAUAAACUAACUAAUUUUUACUUUUAUUUUUGCAACCUUAUAUGGAGAAGCUGUACAUGAUACAGUUCAUCAUUCAAAGUAGCAAAACCACAAACUGGAGGAUUCCCCCUCCUUCUAACACACACUUUGUUCAAGUAAAAUUUGGUGAUGUCCAUAAAUGUUCUGCUGUGUGACACAUCUUUCUCUAUUGAUAUUGUUUUAAAUCCAAGUUCUUACAUUUUAUGUAACACUAGUGUCAUAAAUGUGUCCUAAUGACGAUUUUGUCUAAUAUACCCCUUGUGAUUGUAUUGUUUAUAAUUUCGUGACGAAAAUACAGAAAUAAAGAAUGAAAACAAAAUUAAAAUGAGAAAAUGAAAGUAGGAGUAGAGCAUUAUGCACAAAGGUCAUAAUUUGAGUCUUCUUGAGAAAAUUAGCAGGAAACUAGAUUGACCAAUUGCUUCUAACCAGCUUUCACACUUUAUGGUCACGUACGUCAUUAGAUGACUAAUCUACACAUAUAACACUGGAAUAUCCAUGCAAUAUAUAUGGCUCAAUUUUGAUCUUUAUAAACUAUAUGAACUCCAUAUCUAUUACUCAUUACCCUUGAUGUAUUUGAGCAAUGUUCUGUUCUCGGUUUCAUAACUCUGUUUCAUAAACUAAGUUGUUUUGCAAUAUAUUUUGCAAAGAGUUGUAAAUACAUUCUUGCUACUUGACAGAUGAGAAUUAGAUCAUUCAUUCAAUAUUCAGAUUUGUUUCUAGUUUUUUUGCUACAAAGUCAAAGUCAGUCCUAAUUACACUGAACAUUGUUAGAUUUAUUAUUACUAAAAAGAAACUAAAAUACUAUAUUUAUUGUAUCUAUGUAAAAAUAAUGGGAUCUAUUCCAGUCUAACUUUUCAAAUGCCUUUGAGAAAAUUGGUUGUUAAAUAAAAGCUAGGUAAAGUCUUUUCAAGACAAAAAAAUUGAACGUGGGUUCAAGCAUUCUAUGCUACAAACAGAUAAAUCAGAAAACAAUAAUAAUAAAGAAAAAUUACUUUGCAAGCGAACCACUAUUAAAACAUAUAGAGUAGUUUCUUAGUUUUUCUUUCUACCCUGUCCUACGGUUCAUGGUCAUUAAGAUUACAAUAAAAGCUUAGUAGGUCAGUUAUCCACAGACAUCCAGUUUGGAGCCAGGUCAGUUCUUUAGAGUAAGGUUCAACAGACGAUCCCAGGAUUAAAAAAUGCUGUUGUCAGUACUGACCUCUAGCAAUCGAUGUAACUUGCUUCUCCUCUGCUGCUUACUUUCCCCUUUAUCUCUCUCUCCCUCUCUCUGUGCACUCUCCGUUGAAAUUUAUUUGAAAAUAAAAUCCCAUCUCUCAGUCCCUUGGUGGUGCCCACCCACUUGGCCAUCUGUAUUAUGUUCUGGACCCAAUUCAAGUACAGAAUAUUUUUUCCUUGGGUGCUGGUGAUAGGCUAAGAGUAUCAGUUAACACUCUCAGCCUAUCACUGGCCACCCACUGAAAGAAAUGGUUUAGAAAGGCAUGUACCUGCCAGAGAAGGAACCGAGGGCCUGAGUGGGUGUGUGUUUGAAGAGCAGUCUGUGCUAUAAACACCUAUUAAAGUAUGGAGCAGCACUUGCCAUUCUGCUGGUAUUGUCUCUUCCAAAUUCUAAGGUCCUAUUCCAGUUUACAAAAGGUUAUUUACUGAAGUUAGAAUUCAAAGUAAAUUCCUAGUGAAUUUCAAAUUUAAGGCCAGAACAGCCAAUCUGAAAGCGUGACUUAGAGCAUUUUUCUAUUUUGCCUUAUUUGGCCUUAAAUUUGAAAUUAACUUUACAUUCUCACAUUAGUAAAUACUUUUGUUGAACAAUGUUCAUUAAAACAAAAGAUUAACAGUAACAUUCAGUCCACUUAUGCUUGGAUUUUCAGUAAUAUGUUACAUUUAAUCACAUCAGUUGGACCAUAAACCUCUACUGUUAGUAUGAAUCUUUAACUUAUAAUAUAGACAAUAUUUAAGCAUAAAAUAUAGAAUGAAAGUGUGCAACAUUCAUGAAUUGCUAUUUUUUUUACAUUCAGACAAAGGCAAAGAUAUUUCUCAUCCCUUCUUUACAACAUUCCUGGCGGCGUCCAUCACCUGUUCAGUCUGCAUUGUUAGUCUUGUAAUUUUGUGCAUUAUAUUUAGAAUUGAAAUGGUUUUGCUAUAUCGGAGUGUGACAAGAAAGGAUGAUACCAUUGGAGGUGAGUGUUUUAUCUCCACUUUGCUAUUCUCUACUGCCUUUUAAUGUAUCCAUUAAACAAUAUUAGCAGGUUUACUUAAAUGUGUUAAUUGCUUAUAAACUCAACAUAUAUAUUUUAACACAUAUAAUAAUAACAAUCGUAUAGCUGUGCAACAGAGCAAAGUUACACAUAAGUGCAAUGAAUGAAUGAUUAGUAGGUAAAGAAAGUAGGUGUAAGUUAAGUACAAAAGAAUUAACUUAUAAGUUAGUUGAGUUAUAUUCAGGAUAUUCUUGGGAAAUACGCCUCUAAAUUAUUUUUUUACUAUGUCUAUAAUUUAGACUACAUACGAAUAAUAGUUGUUUAAAAUGUAAUAAAGUAAUACAUAUUUCAUAAAGACAAAUAAUGUGAUUUAGAAAAAAAUAAAAAAAUAAAGACAGAAGAUUGAAACAAGAAAGGAGAUAGUUAACAAAAGAGAAAUAAAGAGCGAUAUAAGAAUGGAAAUAAAUAAAUGAUGUUAAUAGUAGAAUGUGCCUUUAUGAGAGAUGCACACAACUUAGACAUAAUAAAGCAUGAUACCUAUCUAUAAUAUUUCUAAAAUAAAAAAAGUAUAAAAAACAAAGUUACACAUAAGUUAACAUACAGUAAAAUAUUUUUUAUGUUUAGCAAGUAGAAAAACAGGAAGUACGCAAAAGCUGCAGAUAAAUGAUACGAGCAGCAAAUAAGCCUGGCCGAGGUGGUAAUAAUAGAUAUUAGAAAUUGUUGAAUGUUGAACAUGACUGACAAGUAUAAUUGACUUUUAUUUAUUGCAAUUUUUUUUAGCAAUUUUGAGCAAUUGUUAAAGAAAAACAAUUGGCAUUAAUAUCAUAAAACUAGAAAUAUUUUGGAAUAAAACCUUACCGAAUUUCCGGUAUGAAGCUAAAACUUUAUAUAACCCUAACAAAAUCAAAAGAGCAAAACUUGUGUGUUGUUUAUUGUGUGUCUGAAAAUCAGAACAGAAUGAAACAGCCAAUAACUGAAAGUGCUGAGGAAGGAGUCUACUGCACUUCUAUGGUUUACAUGAUUACUAAUUUUUAAUUUUGCUAUGUAAGCAGUUUAUGUUACCGAAAGAAAUAACACCAUUUUUUUCAAAUCACAGUUAAACACUAUCAGAGAGCAAUCUCGAACAAUCCUGCAGCUAUUAUACUUCAGGCACAAUCACAUUCACCUAGCCAGUAGCAAAUGGUAAAAAGAGCUAUCAUAUAAGAACAAAAGCUAAUUUUGUGACACUUACAUUGUUAGAGUAAUCUAUAUUUCAUUAUUUACAAUAGGCAUCUCUGAAAACUGAUACUGUGGGUUUUUGCAUUACUUGUUGAUGUGUUCUGUUUGCUUUUACUGCUAACAUGAAUGCCACAAUACUGUGGCUCAGCAAUCACGAUGCUUCAUGCACACCUUCCCAUCCCAACUGCAGUGCCUGCCACAUGUUCCUUGGUGUCCCUGUUGCUUCCUCCGGCACUUUCACGUGGAGGGUCUUCUCGCUCUGAUCAUCCUGCUAUGCUCCCCACACCAGCACUUGUGGCUGGUGUGUUGAAAACUCUCCUGCUUCCUCCCUUCACUGUUCUUCCCUUCACUGUUUCUUCUGUUCUAGGGUGGCUAAACUUGGUCAUGGAUUAAGGCUCUGGCCUGGCUGUAUCCUAAGUCAGGCAUUGGGGCCUGCUACAGGCCCUACAUUACUACCCAAGCCAUACUUGCUGCAUAAGGCCUGCACUGGAACUGGGCCUGCAGGUUUUAUCUGGGUGACCAACAUUCCUGAUGUUUAGCUUUUGCCUCAUUGAUUGCUGGUGGCCUUGACCAGACUUUAUUUAAUUUGUGCCUUGAUUUGUGCCUGUUGCUGUUUUGAAAGUGACCCCCUCCAUUACUUAUACUUGAACCUAGGUAUUGCCCCUUGACUUAAUGUUAUUUUGAGGGUAACCCCCUCUAGUUUUACAUUUGGACUCUUUAUUGGUUUUGGUCCUUGCCCGGUGGGUGACCUCCCAUCAGUGGUCACACAGCUGUAGUGUGACAACACUGCGACCUUCUUGGGCACCAAGCUCAAACUUUCUGAAUCCUUCUCCACCUUACUCCUGAUGACUUUUAGGAGGGAUACGGUCCUGAUGGUUUGUCUACUGCAGGAUUUCAGAUUCGUUAUCAAUGAAGAGAAGCCAGUACUGAUGCCAUCUCAGUCAGUUAAUUUUUUGUGGUUUACUGUGGACCUGUUGCAAGUGGUUCUAAAACUGCCAACCUCAAAGAUUGCGAAGAUCUGACAGGCUAUUCGCCACAUGCUCAUGGGAUCCUGGGUCACACUAUGGGAUCUGGCUUGGAUAAUAGGUCUUCCAUACUCAUCAAUCCAGGCUAUCUUCCCAGCUCCCCUGCAUUAUAGCGCCAUGCAAUGCCUGAAGGUUCACUAUCCAAAGACCUUGUCUUCUUAUGACCAGACCAUCUUUAUCAACGACGAGGUUCAUCUCAAAGUACAGUGGUGGUUGAGUCAUAUGGAUGUGUGGAAUGGCAGGGAAAUAUUCGAAUCCCAUCCAGACUUUGCGUUGGAAUUGGAUACCAACUCCCUGGCUUGGAGUACAACAGCUUGGCCACAGGAGGUCUAUGGACUCUGGAUAAAUGGAAUCUACACAUCAAUAGCCUGGAAUUUAUUGAGGGAGAUUAUUUGCUAUUUGCAGAUUCACGAAAGACCAAAACCAUUUUUCUAGGGUUCUUCGGAUGGAUAGCAUGUUGGCGGUUCGCUACAUAUAUCACCUGGGAGGUUCGCAUUCAAAGAUUCUGUUUGAUCUCACUCAGGAUCUUUAUCAGUAUUGCCUGGACAGACAUCUUUCCUUCAGGGCAGAAUAUCUCGCAGGCCAAGAUAAUCUAAUAGCAGAUUGCAGAUGCCAGCAAUUGGAGAUUACAUUCGGAUGUCUUUCGCCUCUGACUGGAUCUGUUUGAAUGGGAGAAUUGUCAGAUGGAAGAUUUUUUAAACAAGGUAGGAUAGAAAUUAUGUGCUUGGUAGUGGAUGCAUUUUUGCUUGGUGGUGGAUGCGUUUCUACAAAACUUGGUGGUGCAUGCGUCUCUGCAAACAUGGCCUGUUGGGAGCAUAUGCAUUUCUCCUUUUCUCCAUGAUUCUGCAAGCUCUUCAUUAGUACAUGUCUUGCUGAUAGCAACGCUCUUGAUGACUCAGCCAUGGUUUCCUUUGCUUCUGGAACUGUCUUGUGACAAUCCCCUCCUCCUCAAUUAAUUGCCGUUGAUUCUUCUGGAUUCUCCGGGGGGAAUCCACAUUGGUUGAUUGUCUGUCUCCCUGGUGGCCUGGUCCAUUUUCGGGGAUCAUGGAAAGUUUAAGGUCUAUCAUCGACAGCACAGGAUUUAUUCUGGCUUUCCUUAGCUCCGGGCACUUGGAAAUGUUAUGUGCAGAUGUAGAGAAGCUGGCAUUGCUGGGGUCUGGAAAGAAAAUUAGAUUCCUAUACAAGCCCACUCGAGGCCAUCUUGAAAUUUCUAUCCUACCUUAUUCUCAAGGUAAAGCAUAAAGGACGAUUAACAUUUUUCAUUCUGUUAUCUCUGUGGCACAUGUCCCUCUUCAGGGCUCUGGUGUAAGUAGAAAUCCCACAAUAUGCCAACUUUUUGCAAGAUUCACUUGGCUAGACCUUCUCCAUCUCACUACUUUUCUCUUUGUGAUAUUUUCACAGUCCUUCAUUUUCCAGAGGAAUGGCUGGAUAGUGAUCUGUUUCAUAAAACAAAAUGAAGGUACGCUAUAACUUUCAAUAUCUUUCAUGAGUUUACCCACUUAUAUAAAAGUACACUAUGUCUUUAAGGUGAAAACGGGGUAGUGCAAAAAAUACUGUGCAUUUUUGUUACAAUAAAGGGCAUCAAACAAAAGUGCAAAACAGUGUAGACAUAGUUCCUUGUACAGUCCAUACACAGAAUCAUCAGAGUCACUCAGAAUGACAUGUUUCGCCAAUCCAAUCGGCUUCCUCAGAUCUGCUCUCUCACUGCUACCAAUGGUAUUUAUGUCCAUUCUAUGGACAGGAUUCGCCCAAAAAGUCAGCAAACAUGUCCUUGUGAUUGGCUUUCAAGUGAGUGAUAUUAAAAUGUCCAUGGUUAAAGAAGAAUAACUAUUCAUUGCAUUUAGAAGUUAUAUUGCACAUGUAAUCUAAUAAGACAAAUUGAAGCAACACAUAUAAAAAAAAAUACGUUUUAAGAAUCCUCAAACAUAUAUUGAAAAUCCUCAAACAUAUAAUAAAACAGACACCUUAAUGAGAAAUACUAAUUAAAAACAAAUAUAAAAUGUAUAGCAGUAUCCUAAAAUGACCUGACUAAAUAAUACCUAAGAAAUAAGGAUACAAUAAAAAUAACAAAUAAAUAAUAAAAUACCGGCACCUCGAAUGUAGAGAAAUUGAAAAAAAAAAAGUAAAUAUUAGAUCACAUAAUCUUAUGUAAAUAAGCAAAAAUACUUGAAAAUUGUGUAUAAAAAAUUAUAAAAAGUUAAAAAGGUCAAACUCGAUAUUUAACUCAUUAGGUUCAAAUGUCAUGAGCUUAUGUACCCAUUUCAUCUCCUCUCUACCUAUAUUUACUAUAUGAUCACCCUUCUCCGUGAUAUUUUAACUGUUUAGCCCUUAAAAAUAUUAUUCACAUGUUCACCUAUUCUUUUAUGCAAGGAACUGUACUGUGUAACAGUGGACACUAUACCCCAUGGCUUAAUAAAAGGCCAAUUAGAAAGGAUUAGAAGGAAUUGUACAAAUAAUGAUAUUUUUAAGGAACAAGUUUUAAUUAAGAGAUUUAGAGAGAAUAAAUACCCUGACAAACUUAUAACGGAAGCAUAUAAUGAGGUCCUUUAACAUAAUCAAGGUGACCUCAUAUUGGUGCAAGAUACUGCUGGUAAUGGAAAAGAUGACGAGCGACUUAUACCCUUAGUGUUUGAUUUCAAUAAUAUGUAUAGAGAAGUGAGAGAGAUUGUAAACAAACUUUGGCAUCUCUUGAAAAGAGAACGAUUUAAAAGGAAUCAUACCAGAUAAAACUUUUUUUACAUUUAGGGGUGAGCUUAAUUUUAAAACAAUUUUAAAAAAGAAGUAAGGAAUCAUUUUUUUUUUAAAUGAGAGAAAAUGUUUUUAUUCCUGUAACAAGUGUAUAGGAUGUAGAUACAGCAAGAGUAAAACACUAAAAGGUAUAAAUAAAUUUAAAACUAAAAAUAAUGAGAAAGAAUUUUACAUUAAUGAUUUGAUCACCUGUUUUACUAGGAACGUAAUUUAUUUUUUAGUUUGCCCAUGUGGCCUACAAUAUGUAGACCAUAUAAUAUGUCCCUUGCAUAAAAGAAUAGGUGAACAUGUGAAUAAUAUUUUAAAGGGCUAUGCGUAUCAUAGCAUAUCUGCACAUUUUAAGAAAUAUCAUAACAUGAAUCCGAAGGGACUCAUAUUUUUAGGAACACAAACAGUUAAAAAGUCAUGGAGUAGGGAUGAUCAUAUUGUAAAUAUAGGUAAAGAGGAGAUGAAAUGGGUACAUAAACUGAGGACAUUGGAACCUAAUUGGUUAACUAUAGAGUAUGACCUUUUUAACUUUUUAUAACUUUUUAUACACAAUUUUUAAAGGGACACUAUAGUCACCCAGACCACUUCAACUCAAUGAAGUGUCUGGGUGCCAGGUCCCCCAGGUUUUAACCCUUCAGAUGUAAACAUAGCAGUUUCAGAGAAACUGCUAUGUUUACAUUGCAGGGUUAAUCCAGCCUCUAGUGGUUGUCUUCCUGACAGCCGCUAGAGGCGCUUCUGCGACGUUUGAAUGCGCGCGCUGAUCUUGCCUCGCAUUCUUGCCUCGCAUGCGCGUUCCGCUCCACUCGGGAGCUGAUGUUGGCCGGGGAGGAGAGGUCAAGGGGCUGAGCUCGGCGCUGGAUUAAGGUAAGUGGCUGAAGGCGCCAAGGGAGGGGGACCCUGAGGGUGGGGGGGACCUAAGGGUUACAUAGUGUCAGGAAAACAAGUUUGUUUUCCUGACACUAUAGUGAUCCUUUAAGUACUAUUUACAUGAGAUUAUGUGAUCUAAUGUUUUCCUUUUUUCCAAUUUCUCUCCUUUUAAGGUGCAGGUAUAUUAUUUAUGUUUUUAUUUAAAAAAAAUAUUUAUUAUUUGUUAGGUAUUAUUUAGUCAGGUCAUUUUAGGAUACUGCUACAUAUUUUGUAUUUGUUAUUAAUCAGUAUUUCUCACUAAUGUGUCUGUUUUAAUACAUGUUGGAGCAUUUUUAAUAUAUGUUUGAGUAUUCUUAAGUAUUUUUAAUGUGUUGCUUUAAUUUGUCCUAUUAGAUUAUCUGCACAAUAUAUCUUCUAAAUGAAAUGAAUAGUCAUUCUCCUGUAAGCAUGGACAUUCUGAUAUCCCUAAUGAGUAUGGACAUUUGUUCUAUAUGUUUUAAUUGCAUGGAAAUUAAGGUUUUCUUUGAAAUCCAAUCACAAGGAGUUAUUCUCUGACUAUUUGGGACUGGAAUCUUGCCUCCUGAUAGGUGGGUGGUAGGAGAAAGAAGCCUCAUCCCAAGCCACAGGUACUGAAGUAGUUAUGACUCCUGAAUCUGCUGGCUCUGGCAGAGACCCACCCCUGAAAUACCCUUUUCAUGGAUGACUGGGCCUUAUUAAGGGUGGUAAAUGCCCCCACAAAAUGCCCAAGGUCUUUUAUAAAAGAAUCACCAAACAAAAGGCCCUGGGCAUCUUUACCAGUCUUAUUGAGGGUGAGAUUGGCCAAUUAGGCACUAUUUCUAUCUAUCAGUGACACAUACAGUCACUGAGCACUGCAGCACCAGGCCUGCAUCUCAUCAGAGUGGACCACAGAGCAAACUACUGACGGUAGGGAACCUGAAGCCAAAGAGGGGUCCCCCAGGCAUUGAGGCACAUCCAUCUCAUCGGGGAAGGUUGGCAGAUAGGCCUCUUAGACUUGGGAAUGUUUAAGUGCUCAGGCCCACAGUAAAUACAAGCACAUUGUGAGACCAGAUUCAGCUGUAUAUAUAAACCGCUGCAAAGAAUAAGCAACACAUGCAAGAUGAGGUUAAUCCCCCAUAUUAGCCAAAAAAAAUAAAGAGGGAAGGAAAAGGGAGAUCAUCAGGGCCCAGACCAGAAGACAGGAUACACAAGGCAAAGACAGAGCCAGGAAUGAAAGGUCGCCACAGAAAAUAGCUGCCAGUCUCGAGAAUUGGGGCAAAAACCCAUGAAUGUGUCAAAUUUGACGCCAAACGGAAAGGCGUUGGCAAACCGGAUUCUGCCGAACACCACGUAUCGAAUUCCAUUAGUUCUUGUUCUGCUGUUUCUGAUCCGUACUGUUCUACUCUUCUCUCCUGAUCGACUUCACCAAAUAUCGAGGAGGUGGGACUGUGUGCCCAUGGUGAUUGGUUGAGUUUUACUAGUUGUGUUAACUGUUUCUUUGCUGCUGGAGGUGUCAGUAAUGAAGGUUAAAGCAAAUAUUCAACUCCUGUCUUCCAAACACCAAGACUAGAUCAAUCCCCAAUUUUAUUGCCAAUAAUAUUAGAUCAAUUUUAGGGUAACUUUGUGUUGCUGAUUCUGGAUCUGGCAUAGUUUUUUUUUCUAGAUUGGUUCUGAUUUUUUUUAGAUAAUGGAUGCCUUCAUUGAAGAACAUAAAAAAGCAAAAAAAAAAUUAUGAUCAGGUGUAUCCUAGCCACAAUGCACAUGGAAACUGUUUCACUUCAUGUAAAUAUCUAAUGGCGUUGUAUUCUGUACAUCAACAUAAUAAAAACAAAGUAGGCUGAUUCAGAUAAUCACACUUGUAUCAAACAAUGUAUAGAACUACAAUUUGUACAUUUUUCUAUUUAUGUGAGUCAUCAGGACAAUCACGUUGGAUGCUCCACCAUACGUCUACCAUCAUGUGUCUAUCUCACCUGCCAUUUAAAAAAAGUUAAAACUUUCCUUUUGUCCAUUUUUCAACUGCCUGCUGUCCAUUUGUUGCCCUUUUUUCCAAUAUACACAUGUUUUGCAAACUUUAUGGGGAGUUCAAGACAUAUCUUAGUCUCUAAACUUCAAUCCAAAAUAAGCAAGAUACCUUUGUCUUACAAAAUAGUUGACAUUUUCCUUUAUUUUGUCCUUUGUUGAGCGUUUGCAGAUUUACCACAAAGCUAGCAGAAUGCAUUAGGAUUGUUAAACAGCCUCUUCCUCUUCUCUUUUUCUAUGUAAAAAAAAAAAAAACAACAAACAAAAAAAACCAAAAAACGAAUACAUGUGAAAUUAUAUGCAAAUGAUAAACUCCAAAACAAUGUAAAGGAAAACAUUAGUUUAACCCCUUAAGGACACAUGCCAUGUGUGACAUGUCAUGAUUCCCUUUUAUUUCAGAAGUUUGGUCCUUAAGGGGUUAAUGCUUACAUUAGAUAAAAAACAGUUGUUGCUUUUUUGUUUUUGCUUUUUGUGUUGACCAUGUUUAUAAAGUAUGCAUUAUAGUGGUAUACUAUAUAAAAAUUUUAAAUCUUUAUAUCUAUUUUUUUCUCAUUAAACUAUUAUUAUUAUAGAUGGAAAAGAGUAUGAUGCUUAUUUAUCAUUUGCAAACCAUUCCCUUGCUGAUCACAAAGAAAAAGAAUUUGCAUUCGAGACUCUACCCAACAUAAUAGAAAACUACUUUGGAUACAAGUUAUGCAUUUUUGAGAGAGAUAUUAUUCCAGGUGGAGGUAAGUGUAGAAUCAUUCAGUGAACAAUGCGUAAAAAGAGUAUGUAGUUGUAGCAGUGUUUCAGUUCCUUUUGGUUUUAGUGUACACUGGGGAGGAUCUAUAUACUGAAAAAUAAGAAUACAUAUAGAAAAUGUGCAUUAGUCCAUAGGAGUGACUGGGUUUCAUGACAAAUGCAUAACGUCUUUUUUUCAAACACGGCUUCUCCAUUUUUGUUUUAUUUUUGUUAAAUAAAUUCCAAAGUGUAGCUCUGUGUUAACUUUACAGGCUGCUGCAUUGAUUUUUAUUUGUUACAUUCAAUUCAUAAUGUUAAAUAGAGAAAUAAGUAAUUGGAAUGGGGAUGAGAAUAAAGUAUUGGAAAAACAAGUUUAAAAAAAAUAUAUAAAAAAUGAAUGUACUUGUGCAUACCUAGUAUACCAUGCCUAUUACUAAUCUGAAAUCUGUAUUCGUCAAUUUCCCUCUAUUGGUUACUUGACCUGGGAAUAAAGUAAGCAUUUAGUUGCUGUCCCCUGCUACACAUUGCCAUCCAAUCAGUUUUAUUGCGUGGAUGAGAAGGUGGAUAAAAUGACUGUAGUUUGUUAUAAAUUUUGGAUGCGGUAACAUUUCAAAGACAUUUCAACUCCAAUUACUAUGAAAACUAGAGAAAAUUAAAGAGUAGUGCCAUGUACAGAUUUAACAUCCUGUGUUACCAUGCUUGUCGUUGCUGUCGUGGCACUACAAGUCUAAAAGUAUCCUACUGUAUGCACAACAAAAUAAAGAAUAAAAAAAAAAGAGUAGUGUUUUGUUACUAGUCCAUACAAACAACACAGAAUCAACACAAACACAAAAUAAAACAGAAAGGUUUACAUGCCAAAUAAUAAGUAAAUAAUUAUUGUUUUUUUACAUGAUCAUAUGGGUCUUAUGUUUGGCAAAGCUACAUAUUAUAGAUGCUGAGGAAAAUGGCAGAGAGGUUCAUUUUAAAAACACAGAAAAAUAAUUCUUGAAGUAUGCAGAGAAAUGCCUGAUUUGUGUACUUUUACUAACUUAAUGUGUGUUUAUAUUUAAUUAUUUUUUACAGCAACGGUCGAUGAUAUCAACAGCUAUCUUGAAAAAUGCAGAAGGCUAAUAAUACUCCUUAGCAAGAACUGCAUGUCUGACAAAUCAAUAUAUGAGCUUGAAAGUGGAAUGCACAAAGCCAUGGUAGAACGGAAGAUUAAAGUUAUAGUGAUUGAAUUUACACCUUUAAAUGAACUGAAUGUUAUGCCAGAGUCUUUGCAACUUCUUAAAACCAGUAGCCGAGUAAGAUGGGAAGCAUCUAAGACACAUUCUUUAACAUCCAGGUUUUGGAAAAAAAUUCGUUACUUGAUGCCAGCCAAGCCAGUGGCACCAAACAUUUCAUUUUCAAAUGCCAAAAAGUCUUCACUAUCCUACGUUGUGAAUAAUAAUAAUAUAGCAUACUGA